GGUAAACAAAUGGCAGCGCAGGUUUAAAUGUCCAGAAACGUUCGAAUAUUGUGGUUGUAAUACAUGAUCAGCAGAAACAUGAUCGAAACUAGCUCAGCUUACGCAACUGCUAGUAUCCAAGCGAGAUGUGUAGAAGACGUCUCCUGCUGCAUCGUGCGCGAAUAUUUGUCCCGUAAGGGUCUGAAAGAUACGCUGGCAAAGAUGGACAAGGAGUUUCCCAGGAAUGAAGGUUGCUUUACGGCCAGGGAUCAGCUGAUCAAGGCUGCUUUUAUGGAACGACUCGUUCGAGACAACAAGGCGAGAGAUUCUCCUUUCCGUGCGCUGCUUGAGAUGCUGAUCUACGAAAGACUUCAGAAAAAGAGCGUCAAAUCCAAACACGGUUCCAAAGUGAACCUGGUGCCCAGUGCAGGCGACAGCGCGAGGCACGUGGAGAUGAACAUCAGAAACAACAACUGCAUUCCCGUGGCUUUGAAGGAAGCAAAGUCGGAGAGUAGCGACUCCCUGAGUUCGCUCGAAGGCGCGCUUCCUGUGAGGACCGUUGCGGACACGGACAGGCCUCAGUCGGCGCGGGGCAGGCGUGAGCCUGGAGGCUUCAUAGUGCGCCGUCCUGCGAGGAGCGACAUCGAAUCCGUCCACCGUCUCAUCUCCAAGUCGCAGCAGUACCGCGGGCCUACCAGGGUCACAAACUCGGCGAUCCAACGGAUGGAAGAGGCGCUGAAGCACGAGCCGGGUGUACACGACGGUGAAGGAGACAGGAUCGACGCGGACCAUCUGCUUGAAAAGUAUGGAGUGACUGUGCACUGCAUUCUUGGUGGUUUCGAAGUUGAUGUGCCGCGAAGGAACGCUGCUUUGGCCAGGGCACUUGCUUUCAUCCUGUGGCAGGCGGGCGACUCAAACAAGGCCAUCGUGGCAAACCCAACUGGAGUCAACGUAGCCCAGACUGAUGGCAUCUUGGCCAGUGAUGGCAUCAUAGAAACUCUGACGCUAUCAACGUUCACAUCAAAGGUGGCAUUGCAAGAAUAUUACAGUUCCUGUAUAUUUAAACUGCAAGAGGAAAAUUGUUCAAGCUGCGUUGCUUUCUUGAUAUCUGUCCUAAUGACACAUGGCUUCGAAAGGAUACGUGAAGAAAUGGACGAAAGAAACAGCUCACUUAUUGGAAAGCACAGCCAUUGUAACCAGGAGGUUGUCAAUCUUUUGCUCGUGGGCGUGGCCGUCACGAACGUCUUCGACAACAAGCUGUGUUUUGGCAAAGAAGAAACAACUGUGCUGAGGGGCAUCACAUCGCGGUCAAACAUAGGUUUGCUCUCACUCUAUGAACACUACAAGUCCUGCAAGGUUGGCUCGUACUACAAGGAUCCAAAGUACCCGAUCUGGAUCGUGCUGAGUGAGAGCCACUUUUCAGUGCUCUUUGCCAAGUCAUUCCUGGCCCUUGCACCUGAAGACGAAAAGUUUGACCUUUUUUACUAUGACGGUCUGAACAAGCAGGAAGAGGAAGUACGACUGACAAUCGAUCCAACAGCAGGCAUUAGUAAUGAAGAUGUUGUGAUGACGCCCCCUCUAGAGCUUUGCAUCCGAACAAGGUGGCAAGGUGCAUCAGUGUCAUGGAACAACGCUGAGCCUUUGCUGUAAUGUCCACUUGUCAGCAAAUUCAUUCCACUGUGUGCAGUAGCUGCGUGUGUUCCUUUUAUCUUUUUUUUAUUAUAUUGAAGCAGUAAAGCAAAAUUUUGAGCUUUAAUAAUAAAUAUGCUUGUCAUAUAUGGUUAGCUCGCUAUAAGGAUAUGACAUGGGUUGAAGAUAGUAGUCAGUCUAGUCAGCGUGUAGCAUGUUUAAUGCUUCCCAUUGCACGUGCUCAAGAUUUGUAUGCGUUUAUUAGAUGAGGCGAACUUGAUGUUCAGGCUUUGCUGCAUAUGAUUUACCUGGCUGUAUUAUUGUGAUUCCUUUUCUUUUUAUAUUGUACGCAUUAAAACUGUACAGGCACAUCUUCAGUUGGCUAGAGCUCACGAGCAUUGCUCUUUGAAAAAAAGAAAAAGAAGCUGCAUUAUUUUAAAUAGAACCUCAAGAGACUGAAAGUAUGUUUCAUUGAACAGGACUUUCCUUUAUGAGAAAGAUACGUUGGGAUGCAGCACUAUACGUUGUACACCUUCGUAACACUGUUGUCACGAAUGUUAAAUAUAGAGAAGUGAAUCUAGCCGCUAGUACUACUUUAAUUACAAAAAUAAAAUGACAAGGUUCUAUGGCAACUUGCAAAAAAUUUAUUUUUCAACUGCUAUACUAUACUUGCUAUGCAUUAAAAAUGUUAACAACACUUUCUUGCCAAAGUCCUUUCUAUCGCUAUUUAAGCAAAAUUUUGCAGCUUGGUUCUUUCUGAAAAAAAAUUUGUUUCAUACCUGCAUUGCCAGGUCUGCUUCAUGAAGUGUUGCAACAUCUUCUGUAGCUCAAUUUAAGCAAAGGUGCGAAGAUUUUGGUUCCAAAUAACACACAUUCCUUUUUUUUUUCCCUCCAUCAAAGUACAAGACCAAUUGAUUUAGAGGUACUAAUUGUUCCCUCUAAAUAGCGAUUCAAUUUAAGAGACUUUCAUUUGCCAAUAUUCUACUAUAUGUAUUUUUGCAUUGCCGCUCGGUUUCAGAGACAAUGCUUUUGAGCAAUGACAACCAUAGUCAUGGGAGCAGCAGAGUAGUCAAAGCAAUAUACUUGAACCCCCACUACUACUGUGGCAUUAGGCUCUCUUUUCUCUGCAGCGCAUUGCCCGAGUGCCCUAGACAGAAUUGUGAACAUCUGAACUUUCUCAAUUUAUUCCUAUUUAGUAUCUCACAUUCUGAUGUACUGUGCUGGUAUGUUGCAACUUCUUCAAGGUGUUGACUUGUAAUGGCACCAUUAGCACAGGUAGACAAGUGCCAGUGUCAUCAAAGAUGAUGUGUGUGUACCAAGAAAGUGACAAUGUAACCGAGUGAAAUAUUACAGCUAACGCUUCAAUUGUUAUUAGCUGGCCUUCAUCAUUUGCCUGUGGUAAAGCUGGUCACUUUUUACAAUUUUUAUUUUUGUUUUAAUUUGUAUGUGUUCAUGUGUGUGCUGUUUAAGGAUUUAAAUUUUUUGUCUUUUUAUGCUGUUCUUUUGUCUGCUGCUUUGAUAUUGAUUACAAGGCUUGAACUUUCGAGUAGUAAUAUUUUUCUCAUUAGCAGACAAGAAAUUUUAAUGUCCUUUGUUGUAUUGUUUUUGGAUCUCAUAAUACUUUUGUGGCUGGCUGAGAAUUCAGAUCUGUGACCAGAAUUUUUUUUUUUUUUUUGUGAAAGUUGCUAUCACAUUGUAAAUAGUAAAGUAAGUAGCUUUUGCAUCUUUGAAGAUGACAGGACUGAUUUUUAGGGUUAGGCUAGAUUGAGAUGCUGAUAAGCAAGUCCUUGACUUCACAUGUGAUGUCACAUCCUUUGACGAGUUUUAGUAGGGAGUGCGAUUAUUGUUACAUGCUAUUAGUACAAGCCGCAAGAGCUCUCGAGACCUAUGAAUCUAGAGAUUAGCCUGAUGUAGGGCCCACUGCUAUGGCCCAUACCAGGACAUAUCUUUUUGCAAUGAAACUUGAACUUUGAGGGCAUGCUUUUGCAUAUAGUAGCACACAACCCAUUUUGUCAAAGGUUUAGUUGUUCAAAAUUUUGUCUUCACUUGCCACUAAACCCGCUAAAUGGCCUAAGGAGAGUUUUGGUUACAAGCCAUAUGGGCUCUGAACUUUCAACAGAUGGCUACUCACUUUGUUAACAGGCUGCAUGGUGGUAAUCUUCAGCAUUACCGCACUGCAAGGAACAUUGGAAGACUUUGUUGCAUUGCUAGUAUCCUUAUUUAUGGACAAACACCAGGUCACUGGGAAUUUUUAGCGAAAAUUCAUUAAGAAAUGAUGAUGACUUGCUGAAAGUGUCCUUUUUAUGAUUCAAUUGUUCCGAAGUGUCUUCCUUAUUAUUUUGCGAAUAGCUUUAAAUUACCUCCUCCAGUGGCAAGUCAAUGGUUCAAAUGUGAAAGGGAGAACAACCCUCGAUUUUCUUAAACAGUAUUAGAUCUCAAGAUUAUGGUUUGCUUAGAAAAGUAGCUUUUAUGCACCCAGAUGGCUCAUUAAUAAUCUGUUUCAUAUUUCUUUAGAAGUAGCGACUAAUGUAAUCACAUAGUAUAUCCUCUUCGGGAUAAAGUGGGGGCAAGGCAUUGAACUUAGCCAAAGUGCCCUGAUGAAUUUUACCAGGGCAAUUUACUGGCUAUUUAUCUCAUUAAAAAAGUUGCUAAGGCUCUAAAAAGACAAAUUUGUCAUUAAGGUGACUAAAAACUCACUGCAUUUAGAGACCUUGCUAAGUUGCCAACACUGCUUCAUUGCUGCCCCACGCACAGUGGCAGCAGCUCAAUGACUGGCAUUCUGCUGAUUCUUCAUUUCUCUCUACUGCUGAUAACAAGGUCAUGUCUCUGAUUCCCAUUCAUGGUGGCCACAUUUUGACAGGGGCAGAAUGCAAAAUCACUUGUGUACUUAUUUACUGAUCCACAACGGUCUAAAUAGGAGAAAUAUAUCUCCCCACGCUAAGGAGAGCAAUAGAUGGUGUUUAAAACAUGGCGGCCAUGAUGCGUUUUAGGCUCUGCAAUCACUUUUGUUGCACAUGGUUCGUAAAAGCGUAGCCUUUGUGAUCCGUUUUUGUUACUCAGAGGCAACCGUCACUAGGGAGCGAAUUUGGCCACCAUCUGUUCAAGUAAUGUUACUACACUAUGGACAGGCAUCAUGCUGAUGUCCUAACCAAAGAGUAGGGCGUUUUGUUCAAGAGGUAAAAGCAAUUCUUGUGACUGAGCAGGGACCAACUUGUGCCUGCUGCUGAAGCCUUUGUGGUGAUUCACUGUUUGCAGAUGAGGGCGAGAAUGUUCACUGGCAGCAAAAUCACAACCAUUCCUUUCCUGAAAAUUCCGCCUAGUGAAUUCUGCUCUAUAGACUAAUGCAUUUUUGUAAUGUGACUACACACGUCUGAUUAUUGCUGAAAACGGAUGCCAAGCAUGUUAGGAACCUGGAGGGAGGAAAGCAAAUGCAUUGUGACUGCAUUUGACUCCACCAUCAAUUGCCCAGCGAGGACAAGUGGCACAAGAAACACUGGUGGCCAUGCAGUCCAAGUACUAUCACCUUUCAGUCGCUGAGCACUGUACAUGUGAACUCGGAAACAAUAUAAUUGUGGAACAUUUGAGCAACGUUUUGCCAUUGUUAAAAUAUUUCAUGAAUGUCAGUGUGCUUUCAACUGUAAUAGCAUCCCUUUGUUCUGUCACAGUCUGGCUUAACAGUAUUAGCAUCCAUGGCUACAUACAGUGCCAUGUGCAUUAGCGAAACAUGAAAGCUUUCAUCCAAUAUUUAAGUACUUGUUGCAAGUGCUUGUGACCUGAUCAACAUGCUAAAGCCAUUUCAUUCUCGGUACCUUUCAUUGCGUAAUGUGCGUGCAUAUUAAAUGAAUACUAAGGGCAAACAUUAAGUUAACCAGUGCUGAUAAAUGUGUCUGAAAUGUCUCUUUCACUGAGAACAAAGUUUUUGUAGUAAAAAGUAAUUGUAAAUGUAGGAUGGGAUUGGCACUACCAGUGCAAACAUUAAGUACCAGCGUCCAUAGCAUUGAUGAAACUUAGCCACUGGUGAUGAAAAAAAAAGUUACAUUUGAUUUAAAGGAAAAUGCAGUUUGUCAUAUAUUACAUUACUCUCAUACUUUUUUAAUAGAAUGCAGAACCCUCCCUGUGCAAACUUUUCACUCGAGGCAGAGAGAAGUACGUCCCAAGCCUGGGGUCAAGGGUUGAUUCCAGGCCUAUGUCGACCCAUACUGAUCGCGGUGGAAUACAAAAUUGCUUGUUAAGGAACCCCAAAUAGUUGAAGCACUCCACUACGGCAUCCCUCAUAGCUCAUGUGUUUGAAGUGUUAUACCCCGUUGAUUUCAUUUUGAUUUACUACCUAGCUCAGCUGAUGACCUACGAGAUUGCUGUAUCAGCUACAAGAGAGAUCUCCUUUAUGAUCCUUUAUGAGGGGCAAUUUAAGUGGCAGACUAAUCAUGCGGCCAUGUUCAUAUUCGUCUUUAGUGUCCCUUUAAGUAUUUCCAAAGCAGGACAUGCAUGCAUGUCCUUUACCAAAGGAUGCUAGUCAGGUGCAUUCCAAGAGAUUACUGCAAAAUCGCCUAAAUAGGGCUUGACCCACCAUGGUUGCUUAGUGGCUUUGGCAUUGUGCUGCUAUGCACAAGGCUGUGGGAUCAAACGGUGGCCACAGCAGCCACAUUUCUAUGGGGCGAAAUGCAGACAUGCCUGUGUACCGUGCAUUGGGUGCGUGUUAAAGAACCCCAGGUGGUCAAAACUAAUCCGGAGUCCCCCACUAUGGUGUGCCUCAUAAUCAGGUCCUGGUAUUGGCACGUAAAACAUGAAAAUUUAAUUUUUAAUCUGUUUAAGUGGGUCUUCUCCAUCUCAUAUUACAAAACAAGGUUUGACAGCAUAUAUUGGUGCCAGCCUAGAUUGCUUGAUCUCUGGCAUGUGCAAAAUUUUAGCUUUAGCAGUGCUUUGUGUGCAAACCUUGGCUGUCUCAACUGUAGCAAUUUGCUUGUGUUGAUGAGCCCAUUUGUAGAAUUUUGCACGGGCUCCAUUUUGUACUGAAUCCUGUACAAGUUUUUCCUGUGUGUUAUCUGUUGGUCUGUCUGUCAGAAUUUCAAGCCUCAACUUGUGUGCAUUUUGCUGCAAUUAAAGAUGCUGUGAUAUCAU